GGGGGGGGGGGGGGGGGGGUUGAAAACGAUGUGCCGGGAGUCCGCUGUUGAGUUUUGGACGAAAUGCAUUCUGGGAUAUAUAGCUGUCCCAAGUCCACACCGAUGCAUGCUCGAUGAAACGGGCGGAUCGAGAACACAUCCGGGACUUUUUCGCGUUCUCGGCUUGAUGCGUACUUCGAAUUGGAACAGUACUUGGUCUCCGACUGAUGACGUAUCACGAGUACACGAGAACGCAAGUACGCACAAGUACGCAUAUUGAUAAACGCCCGAGGAUAUCAGAUCGUGCUACAGGCAACAAUGAAGCAAAAUCCCCUAAGAAUCUCCUCCUCCUCCUCCUCCCCCUGUCCUUUCGUCAGCUUUUCCGUAUUCCACCUGCCCGGCCUCCCAGUUCAAAACGCAUUUCGCUGACAAUGUUUCGGACUUUUCAAAUCUGCUGGCGAUAUUUGUAAACCUUGGUUUGAUUUCCACUGGUCAUUACUUGUCUUGCUGGUCAUCCACCAACCCCACAAGCUACAUAUCUUUUUCUUUUUUUCAAAACGAUGGAUACUGUCGCUUUACUUUUGCUGUUUCUGGUCAACGCUGGGACGCUGGUUCAAGUAAAGGGAACAGCAAACUUGACUACUUUGUAUGGACAAACCAUUGUCAUGCCAUGCAAUGGUGGAGCUACACCACCAGAAGAUCUGAUGUUCAUCAAGUGGAAAUAUGAAAAAGAUGAUGGCACACCUGGUGAUUUGUUAAUCAAACAGGCUCGCAGUGACCAGGCCACAGUUCAGGCCACAGAUGGUUAUGCUCAACGGGUCAGCAUCGAUAGGCACUUCAGCCUGCUCAUUACCCAGGCCUCACUCAAAGACCAGAGGACUUUCACCUGCAUGGUGGUGUCAGACGCCAACCUCAUGGAGUAUCCCGUCUCUGUUGUUGUUAACAAGAAGCCAUCAUCAGUGCAGAUUAUGGACAAAAGUGAAUUAUUACAGAAAGACAAAUUAACAGCGGUUGGAACAUGUGUUGUGGCAGAAGCAAACCCUGCAGCCACUAUCAAGUGGAAAAAAAAUGGACAACUUUUGAAAGAUGAUCAAAAAUCUGUUGUGAUCACUAACCACUUGAAGCUGGAUCCUGACACAGGCCUAUCCACCGUGCUCUCCACCCUCCAAUAUGCAGCCACCAAAGAGGAUGCUGAUGCAAUCUUUGCCUGUGAAGCCACACACACACUGAUUAAGCAGGAGACUGAGCUGGAACCUUUUCCCAUUCACUAUCCAUCGGAGCAGGUUACUCUCCAGAUUAUGUCACAGCCGCCCAUUAUAGAAGGAGAUAAUGUGACACUAAAGUGUACUGCUGAUGGCAACCCUCCACCUAGAUCCUUCUUUUUUCACAUUAAGGGCACGAAAAUGCUGGUUGAAAAUUCGGACAACUGCACUGUAACUGCCAUCAACAGAGAGGAUACGGGUGAAUACAAAUGCUCACUGGUUGACAACGAGAAAGUGGAGGCCUCCCAGAACAUUGUUGUCAGUUACCUGGACCUGAGUCUGAGUCCCACUGGAGAGGUUGUGAAGAACGUUGGGGAAACCCUGUCUGUGAAGAUAGAGAAGAGUACCUCAGGUGAUGCUAAAGAGUUAUGGAAAAAGAAUGGAAAGAUGGUGAAGAGACCAGAGUUUAGUAAUUUGACCUUUGCCGAUGCUGGAGACUACGUCUGUGAAGUUUCACUGACUGGUCUGACACGACGUCAGAGCUUUCAACUAGUCAUAGAAGGAAAGCCUCGGAUCACCAGCCUUACUAAAUAUCGUGCUGCUGAUGGCAAAGACACAGUCCUAACCUGUGAAGCUGAAGGAGUACCAAAACCCCAGUUCCAGUGGAGCAUCAAUAACACAAUAAAGGAGGAGAGCUCCUACAUCAAUGGCAAAGUGAUUCAUAAAAUCACCAUAGUCCCCAAGGAGAACUUGACUGUCACUUGCAACGUCAGUAACCGCCUGGGACAACAUGCCGAGACAAUCAGUGUUUCCUCUGUUUUUAAGGAGGAAAAGAAAGGAAGAGGAUCUCCAGAAGAUCAGGACCAAGCAAAGCUCAUAGGGGGUGUUGUGGCAGGGCUCGUCCUAGUUGGUAUUACAGUGGGACUCAUCUGCUGGCUCUGCAGUAAGAAAUCAAGACAAGGAACCUGGAAAACCAAGGAGGAGAUGAAUAGAUCUCAUGAAAACGAGAAACUAAAGCCCAGUGACUGUGUUUAAAAGGCACUAGCUGAAGAGGUUAUUGCUGCACGACACUACCAACUGGUCAUCUGCUGUGAGCUUGAAACUUUGUUUCUACUAUGAAACUAUUUGUUUCUACCUACUUUUGUUUGAACAAUUGAAUUCUGACAACCAGCCCAACACCAACAGAACACCUGUUGGUGUCCUUCUGCUUUAUGGAUUUCUCCUUUGGUUGCUACCUACCCAUAAAUGGUUUCAGAAGGAUUCCACUAAAGAGACCCGCUACAAUCGACUGGCCCUGGAUCUUUUUCAGCUCAGCCAGAAAAUAGCCACGCUGGAAAGUCGGAUUUCCAUCGUUCACCAAAGAUGGGAGAAUGAACUGCUGCUGGACUCCCUGGAAAAACCCACCCUGUGUCAGUCCACCAAUACUUCUGUCACUCCCUGCAAUUGUUCAUCUGUCAAAACAAAAACACAAAUUAAUUCAUCAAUAAGCGUCAUGUCACCAGAGCUGAUACAUUCAUCAGGGAAUUUUCAAAGUGUACAUUACCAUUCCUGUUAUCCUAUGAUGAAUUGAUGGACAACCUCUCUAAUACAAUUGCUCAAGUUAUUGAGACUAUUGCUCCAGUAAAAACUAUUAAUAUACAUGGUCCACCAAAAGCACCCUGGAAAAACAGUGAAAGAUGGCAAAAAACACUGCAGGAGAGCUAAGAGAAAAUAAACUACAAAUUAAUUAAUUUAGAAAUCUAUAAAAAUGCACUAUACUGCUAGAAUAAUUAAAUUAACCAGAGAAUCCUAUGUCUCCCAAGUGAUCAACGAUAACCAGUCUAAUUCUGCUUUUUUUUUUCAUCCACUGAUGAGUAUUUUAUCCCUCCAAAACCAUGCUAACUGAAUUUCCUUCAGUAAAUGAGUGUGAUGAAAUUAAAUCAUUUUCUAAAUAUGAUUAACGGCUCUCUCCACUCUGGCAAGCAAGCGUUCUGGUGACAGUGGGAAGGAAAAACUACCUUUUUAACAUUCAGAAACCUCCAGCAGAACCAGGCUCAGGGAGGGGCGACCAUCUGCUACAACUGGUUGGGGGUGAAGGGAGGCGACAGGAUAAAUGCUAUGAAGAGAGCCAGAGAUUAAUAAUAACUAAAACUUAAAUGCAGAGUUGUGUAUUAACACACAGUGAAUAAAAAAGGUGACUGAAGAGGAAACACUAUGUGCAUAAUGAAUUCCCCAGCAACCUAGACCUAUUGCAGUCUAACUAAGUGAGGCCUCAGAUCCAGCCCUAACUAUAUGCUUUACAAAAAGGAAAAGCCUAAUCUUAAAAGUAGAGAUAGCAUCUGUCUCCUGAAUCCAAACUGGAAGCUGGUUCCAUAGAAGAGGGGCCUGAAAACUGAAGGCUCUGCCUUUCAUUCUACUUUUAAAUACUCUAAGAACCACAUCCACAUUCUGAAGGCCAUUACACACUGAAUGUGCUGCAUAAAAACAACAGAAAAUUCAGGUUUUUCUGGAUCUGAAUUUGUUGUGGAACCUUGGCAUCAUUUUGGAUAGUGAUCUCAAUUUUGAUAAUGCCAUGAAUAAGGUUACUAUUCAUGUGAUUACUUAAUUAUUCUAUUACUUCACAAAGCUCUCAGUGGUUUGGGCAUCCAGUAUAUCUCUAACCCAGUCAGACCUCUUAGAUCUGAUUCUGGAAACAGUUAAAUGAUCUGAACCUGGUGACCUGAGUAUGCUUAAGGUGCUUUUAGGUACUGGGGUCCUCUUCUCUGGAACAAGCUACCUGCUGACCUGAUGAGUUACAUCUGUGUGUAAAUUCAAAAACAGACUUAAAACCUCUUUAUUUACACAGGCCUACAAUGAUUAAGUCUUAUUUUGUUUUGCUUCAUUCAGUUUUGUUUUAUUCUGUUUUGCCAAUUUAUUUAUUUUUUUACUGUGUGAAGGCAUUGUAAACCUACUGUUUAAUGUGUCCUUAUUUUCUGUGUUAAGCAAAUAGUUCAUAUAAUGAAAUGUAGCAGCCUGAGAUCGAACCAUAAGUCUUCCAAUUAGGAGAUGACCUACUUCCACAGACACCCCAAAGUAUGCUUUUAGUUUGAAUAAGCCUAUUUUUUGAAGACUUGGACCCAAUUGGGUCUUGGCUCAAAUCAGAACAGAUUUGGACUGAAGAUGGGGACAGCAACUGAACACUGGAGGGGGAAAAGAUGAGAACUACAGCCAAAUGCAGCCUCAGACUUCACUGCCUCAGCAGUCUGGGCUAGACCCAGCUCACUCAUCUUGCAUGUACUUCCUUAACUUUUUUCUUCUUCUAUGUUUAUAAUUAUUUUUAUUUUCACUUAGUUCAGUUAUUUAUAUUUAGUUAUAUAUAUUUUCCCAUUUGAAGUGAACUAGCAAGUAAGAAUUUCAUUGCUCAGCGUAACCCCUGUUUUGCAGUGUAUGUGACAAUAAACUAUUAAUUCUUGAUGGAGGAGGAUUUUAAUUUGUUUAACUGACUGACUUGACUUCUUCUGGCUUUGCAGAUUUCAGUCCAUCUUCUUGUAGUGUCCUUCCAUGCAAUGUCAGUUUUCUUCCCACAUCUUUGCAAAUUUGAAAGUUGACAUUGCACCACAAAUCAUUUGCCCUAUACCCCUUGUUUUUGUUCAAAACCAGGAUACAAAAUGAACAAUGAAUUUUCACGUAAUAUAUCACUUCCUACUGAUUUUACAAAAAUGUACAAAUUACAUUAAAAAGAGAGUGUUGCUUUAGAAAAGUACAGUGGUCCCUCGUUUAUCGCGGGAGUUACGUUCUAAAAAUAACCCGCGAUAGGUGACAUCCGUGAAGUAGCCAACUUUAUAUUUUACAAUUAUUUUGUAUAAUUAUUAUGUUUUAAGGCUGUAAAACCCCUCACUACACACUUUUUGCGCUUUUCUCAGACAGGCAUGAACAUUUUCACACUUUUCUCUCUUGUUUAAACAUUCUCAAAGUUCAAACCUUCGUAGAAAAAUAAGUCCAGUAUUAUAGAAUGAAACCAGGGGCGAUUCUAGGAUCAGAGCUUUGGGGGUGCUGAGCACCCAGAGAGCUGCCCAGCCAGGCAAGAUAAACUUUACUUGUCACGAUGAGAGUUCUUCCCUGUAUCUGUCAGUCCCUGUAUUCCUAAAUGUCUCCAGUUGUCCCGAAUUCUCUCCAACUGUCUCCUUGGUGCAUUUAAACACCUGUUCCUUCCUGGAAUAAAAAAACAUACA